AUGUUUGCUUUUGGAUUCUUUCGUUUGUUUCGCGCCUUGCGUCUCGUGAAGCUUCUCAACCAGGGGUCUGGGAUCAAGACUCUUCUUUGGACCUUUAUCAAGUCCUUCCAGGUGAGCUUCGCUGAAAAUGUACCUGUUUUUUGGUGCCGGACUACGGGUAGCCAUUGUUGGCAGAAAUAUGUUCACUUUCUUCUCCAACAUGGUGCCCGCCAAUGUACGUUCAUUUCAGUAGCGACAAGUAAUUUCUAGAUGUGUGAAGGCUGUCGGCUAGGUAUUACGUCCUGCCGAGUAUACGCCUACUGCUUUGUAGUAUUUAGCGGAUCGAUGUCUUUAGGCUUGUAAGUAGAAGAUAAAGUGUUCUUUCAUUUGCAUGAUUCUUGCUUGUUGUUUUUUGUUACAGGCUCUACCAUAUGUUGCACUUCUGAUUGUAAUGAUGUUCUUUAUUUAUGCUGUAAUUGGAAUGCAGGUAAGAUGUAAAGUUAGAAAAAGUGGCUCAAAUUUUCAUUGUUUUGAGCAUUUUUUUUUGGCUCUCUGUUUUCUUUUUCUCGAGCGCGAUCGAACCGAAGUUAUGCGUAAAAUAAUAGUAUUAUUUCUAACACAACUGAAAACUGCUCUCUUCCAAGACUUACUGCUUGCGACACAAACGGAGCUAGGUCCGUCUGUAAAACAGCGCAGAAAUCCUUGUUCUGGGCCCCCACCUGUGUAACAGGAUUUAAUUACGCGCUAUGAUUGGCCUGUUAAAAAUCCUAUUGUCGAUUUGCCAAUCAGGUUGAAGGAAAAUUCGUGACGCAUUUCCCAUAAUUCUUGAGUCCGUCGAAGGCCCACAACAAGGAUCUCGGCGCUGCGUCGAAUACGUUACUAACCGAAGUUAGAUUAAAUCUGUGACGCAUGCGUAAUACGUAUUGUGUUUUGUAGAUGUUUGGUCGCAUUGCACUGGACUCGGACACGCAAAUAACGAGAAAUAACAACUUCCAAACAUUCCCUCAGUCUCUUAUGGUGCUCUUCAGGUAACGAAAACGGUUGUUAGUUUGCCUCGAAACUGAUUUUUCAUUUUGCAUUCUCUUUAGUGGUAAAACUAUUGAUACGAUUUUUCUCUUAGAUCUGCCACUGGGGAAAACUGGCAGCAAAUUAUGUUGGCGUGUACAAAUCGAGAUGACGUGAAGUGCGACCCUCGAGCGGACCCGCAAGAACCCUCGGGAUUGUGUGGAUCGGACUUCGCUUACUUCUAUUUCGUCUCAUUCUACUCAAUUUGUUCAUUUUUGGUAAGAAUGAUUGUUUAAGUAGCGUUUCCUUUCGAUAUUAAAAGGCUGUACGUAAUGAUGGAAAAUUAAAUUAUCCGUCUGCACUGCAAAAGAGCCUGCCAGUACAUAUCUUAUCAAUGCGGGCCAAAUCCAACUUUUCGGCAUUUUACCUUGGUAGUCAAUCAUUUACGAGACUUCCAUGGUCCAACUCUAUGGUUGUAAGGUAAGGGAUGAGUAUUAUUAAUGUGUGGUAUACCAAUUUUCUUUUUCCAUUCUUCUUAUAAUGAAAAUGUCCCAAUGCCGGUAAAUUAAUUUAUUUCUUAAUUUCAACUAACUUUAAAUCAUUUUUGUGAGAAUAAUUUUUGUUGGCGCUCCUAGUUAUUUGCCAGAACACAAAGUUUCUUUUUCUUUCGGCACAACAAGGUUUCUUUUUUGUCCUUUUAGAUCAUUAACCUGUUCGUUGCUGUCAUCAUGGACAACUUUGACUAUCUGACUCGUGAUUGGUCAAUUCUCGGCCCACAUCAUUUGGACGAGUACGUGAGGGUCUGGUCCGAGUAUGAUCCCGAGGCUCGAGGCUGCGUCAAGCACGUGGAUAUUGUAAUUUUGCUAAAGAGAAUAGCGCCACCCUUGGGAUUUGGAAAGUUCUGCCCGCAUAGGGAAGCCUGCAAGGUAACGACCUACCGAUUAUCCCAGGGGUAUUUCCUCCUGUUAUUUCAGAAAGUUGUAUAUUACCCUGCGGAGAAUUUUCUGAGGCAUAAGGGUGAUUAUAAUACAACUAUUUGAUCUGCUUUUUUUCCUCAGCGCCUGGUCACCAUGAACAUGCCGCUGACCAAAGAUGGGAUGGUGGACUUUAAUGCUACUUUGUUUGGACUUAUAAGAUCUUCUCUUAACAUCAAAAGACCCGAAGGUAAGAUGUAGAUUGGAAAUCACGUAAGUCUAAGUAACAAGAACGAAAUCCCCUCAUGGAAGGAAAUGAUUGCAAAAUGUCAGCACCACCUCUUGUGGCAAAGAAAAGGAAUUGCAUGAUUGUUCACUGGUUAGCCCUGUACUGAUAUGCAGUGGACCCCGUUAAUUCGAAUACUGCAGGCUCGCGCGGCUGGGCGGAGCUGCCACGCGACGCGAUCAGCGGAGUUGCGAGGGAUUUUCCCCUUGCCGUAGAGCCGCCAAAUAGCUGCAGCACUAGUGGCUCUUCACGCCCCGCUAAACCUGCUAGCUACCCAGGUUGAUUUACUGCUUGGCCGUUAAAUUUGGUCUUAUUACGGGGUGGAAGAACUUUUUGUGUGGUUAUUAAGUACAGAAUCCCUCACCAAGGUGAUUUAAAUCCAGUUUCAGGCAAUACCAAAAUACUUUCGGAACCUGGUUUUAUUUUCUGUGCCAUUGUGCUAACUAACAGGGGCAAAUCGAUGCAAGAAGUCCAACAUAGUUAAUACCAUGGUUCUUCGCUCUUAUUUGUUGUAUUUUUUUUUACCUAUUGUUUUGGUUUUCCUUGUUUCUCCACAGGAAAAGGUUCAAUAGACAAAGCUAAUGCAGAAGUUAGGAAUAUUAUUCUCCGCAUCUGGCCUAAGACGCCGUUAGAGCUCCUAGAUAGAGUAGUGCAGCCUCCAGGGACGCGUAAGUAUCUGCCACUGUGUUAUCAAGUUCAUUGAAAAUGGGAGCAUUUCCUGCCUGCGAGUACUAUUUGAAUAGCGAGGUUGCGGAAAGUUGUUGCAGAAAGUAGGGAGUAGUUCUACUCUUCAACAAAAUCUGUGAAUGUUGUGCGUUUUACCGGCCCGAGACAAACUUAUUUUGCAACAAGUGACGCAAAUCCCAUGUACGGCGUAGCUUCCGCGUAAUUAUAUUCAAUCAGAAGGCAGUAUUCACGCAACUUGCUACAACCUAAUUUGUUGCAAGACAAGUUUGAUUUGGCCGUAGCUAAAAUCUCUCUGAUGUCUCUGAGAUUGAAAUGGUCGAAAUCAAUUACUUGAUUUUUCCUCAUCUAACCCUCCCCACUCUUAAGUGACGGAUGAAAUGUUAUUUCUUUUUUUACCCAGAUGACGAUGUUACAGUAGGAAAGUUCUAUGCUACCUACCUGAUUCAAGAAUACUUCCGGCGCUUCAAAGCGAGGCAGAAGGCCCAGGACCAGGCUAAUGAAGUUCAAGGGAAUAGCACUGUGGCUUUGCAGGUAAGCGUUGGUGACUGAUCAAGUCUGAUACGACUAUUAUUUUUAACUGAUCAAGUCUGACACGAUUAUUAUUUUCAUUGUUAGGCUGGUCUCAGAACACUUCACGGGCUUGGCCCACAACUGCGCCGUGCUAUUUCUGGUCAGCUGGGUAGCGAUGAUGAUGAACUGUAUUUAAAAGAGGACGAUUCUCAAAAAGCGCAGGUAAUCCCUGUAUAAUCGCAAUUGCAGCUUAUAGUUAUGAAAUAGAAAAAAUAGAACCCCUUUUCUCUCUGUUUGACUAAGCUUUCAAUUGAUUGGUUAUACUUUAAGCUUUCCGAUCAUUAGACCCAAAAAUUUGAACCAGCUUUCAAUGGUCAUCUGCAUUGUUAAUACAUUAGAACCACAGCACAAACCGCACCCAAGGGAAUUACUACUCCGCAGCAUAGUGUAAUAAACGGUCCAAAAGAAAAGUAGCCUGCGAAAACAUCCGUUUCCCCGCGCUCUUCGUCGCUGGGACGUUUCUCGCGGAACGACCCCUGCUGCGAAGAUCGUGGAGAAACGGAUGUUUUCACUGGCUAAAAAGAAGAAUUCCUGCAGCAACUUUCAUUUGAAUGAUCUUAAUGUAUAACCGAACGACCAACAGAUAGUUAGGCCAACCUCAUACCAUAACCGAGAAGGGUUUGUCUAAUGAGAAUUGCGUUUUAUGAGAUAAGUAACACUGUUUAUUCUCAUAGCACAAAGGUUUCUGGGAGAGCCUGAAAAAUGCUGUUUCCUCAUCGCCGCGUCACAGGUAAAAGCUUUAACUGUACACGUAACGCUUCGUUUGGUUUAUUAGACUAAGCGAUGUUACUUUAAGAGGAAACUGCAUGCUGUUUGAUCAGUGUUAAGGCUGCCUGCUUUUUUCUAAAUCUUUCUAGUUAAGAUGACUGAACUACUGCAAUUUAUUGUUUGAGGUUUAUUCUGUGCUGAAGUCAUUACUUAGUACCUGUACCCAAACACAAAAUUUCAGUGCUGAGCAGUAGAGUUAUGAAGAAGAUAUGGAACCAAUUUCAUCAGGCAACACUAUUAUACUAACCAUAAUAUAUUUUUUAUUUGGUGAUUACUGCAGGCAUAGCAUCAUCUUUUUCAAGUUUCAAUUCAUUUUCAAGCUUGCCAUUUGUUUCAACCGUCGAAACGGAAACGUUCUAAUAUCUUAAUAUAAUCUUAAAUAGCACAACUGUACCAUUAUUUUUUGGAAUUCAGUUGAAGCCAAGAAAAGUUUUAGCUUUUUAAAAAGAUGGAAAAUAGCGUGAACUAGUAUAGCUUUUUUAAUAUUCUUUUUCCUUUGCAGCAUGAGAACUCCAAACAGAUUUACACGUCCUGCCUCUUUUCGCCUUUCUGCUUUACUCCCUGGGAGUGGAAGUCUGGUACAGGCUAAGAAGAAGAGUUCGUCCAUGUCGAAUCUCAGUGAAAAGAUGGUAUGUGACAGAAAAAAAUAAAUACUACUUCCUGCACUUCUGAAAUGGGAUUUUUAGCCACAGUACUAAAGGUAUAGGGGAGCUUUAGAUUCGAGGAUGGCAACGGCGGUGAAAACGUUGCUUUAAAACUGAAUACACGUUUUUUCAAUCUCAAUCGCGAUUAUUCCAACUCAUUCACUUUGUCAAAUGUAAGCCAACACUCCUGAGUUGAAUUCUGAACAACCAUAUCCAUGUUUAAAAAGAGACAGAACAUUUCCACGUCGCUUGUUUAGGUUCUCCAUCGAUAAAACGUGAAAGUAAGUAUUUUCACGUCUCAGGAGCGUUGUAGUGAUGGCAAAGAAAUGUGCAGGAAAGUUUAAUGCACGUGCAAAGUUGUUGUUUUGCUUCAGUAUUAAACCUAUUACUUUUUGGCGGUUUUCAUUGACGUCGCCGUAGUCAGAACUAAAGGUUCCUAUCGGAACUCGGUUUUUAUUCUACCGAGUCGCCUGUGUCACUGACUGAAACUUAUAGUUAGUUACCCGAAGAAAAUACAAAGUAGUCGAUCCCAGUUUUGCGAACGAUCUCUGCAACGCUUCAUUAAUCCUAGAAACGUUUUCCCCUGUAGUACAACAUCUUUGUUGUAUCAUGAAUCGCAUUUCUUCGAUUCUACAUUCUUUCAUUCGUUUGAAUAUUUUUUCCAUUCAUUUUCAGCAUACCGAACUUUUCAGCGAGAAACAAUUUCUUGUUCCCGGGACAUCAGGGGACGAAAACGCAAAUGAAAGCGAGGCUGGUAAGCCUUAUCAUGAACUUCCAUUAUUAAGAGAACCGGAUGAUCUGGCUUCUCUUCCUGCAAUAAAAGGUCAUUCUGGCGUGAAGGCAGCUACAAGCUUACCUUUACCCACUGCUAGCCAUAUACACGGGCCAAUAGCAUAUCUACGACAGCGUAGCAGGAGCGAAACCUCGGGAGUCACAGUUCCUUGGCCUUCACCGAGAGACGUAGAAAAAGGGUCUUAUUCACCACGCGACAUUGAGCGAGACCUUACGGGAAGCGUGAAAAGCCUUCUCGAGGACGCACUAAUCGACGAAGGAAUAUCGAUUACCGUGGACGACCCACUUGUUAGGGUUGCCGAACAGGAAAUUGCCGAAGCUUUCGACGUUUCUGAAGAUGAACUGCACGAAGCUGCUGGAAAGAUUCUAGCAGACGCUAGCAGUCGUCGUGAAGUAGGCGACGAAUCACGUAGCGAUAAAGAGUGCCUCGACGACGAUUGCACCACCGCGGAGGCCGACAGUCUCCGAACAUCUCCGAAUGUGUCGCUUCGUUGGUCGGGUGGAAUUCAAAUGGUACCCGACAGCGAGUUGGUGAUCACAGAUCUGUAA